AUGGGAAUAGGGAUUGUGAUAAGAGAUGCAGAAGGAGAGGUAUUAGCUUUAGUUUGCAAUAAGAGAAGCAAUGUUGUUCAACCUACACUUGCAGAAAGUCUUGCACUACUAUGGAGGACCUUGGAGAUCUGCAAUGAGUUAACCUUUUCGAAGGUGAUUUUGGAGGGGGAUGCCGAGCUAGUAAUCAAGGGUGUGAAUAGAGUAGAGGAAGAUUUCUCAUGGCUGGGGCAAAUGAUUGAAGACAUUAAGCUGAUCUUAAAGGAUAGGAAGGAAUGGCAAGUGAGGUUUACAAAUAGAGAGGGCAAUAAUGGAGCACAUAUGUUGGCUAAGCAUGCUUUAUCUUUUGAAGGGGAAAAUAUGUGGGAUAAAGGAGGGUCCAAUUCUAAUUACAAGUGCUCUAUUAAGAGACAAAGUUUGCAAUAG